CUGUUCGCAAGCGGCCGGUCCACAUCCGGAGAUGAAGGGUUCCCAUCCACAAUUGCUUGCACAAGCCCAUCCUUCUACUGGACCCUCAGCCUUCUUCGGGGAAAACAACAACAGCUCCAGCAGCGGGCGGAGAAAUGGGCGUUCGCUAACCCACCACGCUUUACUGCAAGUUUCUUAGUUGUGCUGUCGCUAUGCGCCGAGGUGCGGGACAAGGCCCACCACAAGAGGCUGGAGCCCAACGAUCACCACCAUCACCACCAUCACCAGAUUCGUGUGUCGCCUCCGACGUCGAGGCUGAUCUCAAACACGAAGCCUUCUACAAUGAAUAUUACACCGACAUCUCCAGUCUAGCACUCAACUUUGUGCCUUGUCCGUUUGUGUCCAGCUGUCCCAGCAUUGGCAAGUCGAAGAAGAAGAAGAAGAAGCGAAACAUGGAUGCGAGUACGGGACCCAGGCGGUUUUCGACCAGCGGUGAGGAAAGAGUUGGAUUGUUGUCCGAGGCCAGGAAGUUGAGUCAGCAGUAUGGCACGCUGCCAGAUGCGAGUGAGCUGGAGAGACGGGUGAGCCCGAAUGGGACGGUCGAGUUGCAUACGACUGCGGGCGCGGAGGCGAGGAUCUUGUUCAAGAGCAGUAUACCGUUGAUUCUCACGUAUCUGCUGCAGUACAACUUCAGCCUGGUGACUAUCUUUGUGGUGGGACAUAUCGGGACAGAUGAGUUGGGCGCUGUGAGCUUAGCCAGCAUGACGGCGAAUAUCACGGGGCUGGCGGUAUACGAAGGGCUGGCGACGAGUUUGGAUACGCUGUGUGCGCAAGCGUAUGGAAGUGGGAAGAAGACGUUGGUUGGUCUCCAUUUGCAGCGCAUGUGCCUGUUCAUGCUGCUGGUGACCAUCCCCAUCGGAGCCCUCUGGUUGACCUCGGGAUGGAUCCUCGCAGCUCUGGUUCCGGAGAAAGAGCUUGCUCAUCUCGCUGGGAGGUACCUAUCGCUCCUCCUCGCAGGCGCCCCAGGCUACGCCAUCUUCGAAGCCGGCAAACGCUUCACGCAAGCCCAAGGCCUCUUCAACGCCUCCCUCUUCGUCCUCCUCAUCGCAGCACCCAUCAACAUCAUCCUCAACUACAUCUUCGUCUUCGUCUUAAACUGGGACCUGACCGGCGCAGCCCUUGCAACGGUCGUAUCCAACAACCUCCUCCCCCUCCUACUCUGGAUCUACGUCUACUUCAUCAACCCCUCCUCUCUCGAAUGCUGGGGCGGCUUUUCAAAAUCCGCCUUCACGCAUUGGUCCCCGAUGGCCAAGCUUGCCAUACCCGGCAUCAUCAUGGUCGAAACCGAAUGGCUCGCCUUCGACAUCCUUACCUUCUCCUCCUCCUACCUCUCUACCGCCCACCUAGCUGCCCAAAGCAUCGUCAUGACCAUGGCAGUCGCAAUCUACCACGUGCCCUUCUCCGUCGGCGUCGCCGUCUCCACCCGGCUGGGCAACCUGAUCGGCGCCGGCAGUCUAAAAGCCGCACGCAUAGCUACCAAAUGCUAUAUCCUUACCUUCCUCGCCAUCGGCCUCGCUGACUUCGUCGUCCUGGCUGCCUGCAAAAACAUCCUACCAAAGGCGUUCACAACAGACCCCGUGGUCCAGGGUAUUGUCAGCACCGUCUUGCCGCUGCUGGCCGUCUUCCAGUUAUGCGACUCCACCACCGCGCUUGUCAAUGCGCUACUGCGUGGCUUGGGUAAGCAGGCGAUUGGCGGCUGGUGCAAUUUGUUCGUGUAUUAUGCCAUCGCGGUGCCGUUGGCGCUGGGGUUGUGCUUUGAGGCCGAUUGGAAGUUGUUGGGUCUUUGGACGGGUUGUGCGGUCGGGAGUAGUUGUAUUAGUGUUACGGAGGGGGUGUAUAUGAAGUUCUAUGAUUGGGAGAGAGCGGUUGAGGAGGCGAGAGGGAGGGAGGAGUAGGUUUGUUGUAUUAUUUUUGCGGGCAGGGCGGACACUCGCUAGAUCGGAGGGAAUAGGGGGUUAUGGAGGUAUCGGUAUUGGUAAUGUGUGUUCAGAGCGCAUAGCGUGUAAAGGUUUAUACGGAGUUGAAAGAUUAUUAGACAGUGUGUGC